AUGACUAACUUGGGUAAGAUAAGCUACUUCCUAGGAAUGGAAUUUGCUUAUACUGUUGUAGGAUUGGUAAUACAUCAAAAGAAGUAUACUAGAGAUUUGGUGAAAAGAUUUAAUAUGUCAUUGUGCAAUGCCACAAUAAGCCCAAUGGAAGUCAACCAGAAGUUGGUGAGAGAUGAAUCAGAGGAAGGGGUAAACGAGACAAUAUUCAAACAAAUAAUUGGAUCAUUGAGGUUUCCUUGUAACAACAGACCAGAUCUCUCAUUUUGUGUUGGUCUGAUAAGCAGGUUCAUGGGUGAACUGAAGAGCUCACAUGAAUGCUGUCAAACGGGUAUUGAGGAGAUGAUGAUGCCUGUGAAGACCCCGUUGCAGUUAAGGAUAGAUAACAUCUCUGUCAUAAAUUUAUCUAAGAAUCCUGUGAGUCAUGGCAGAAGUAAGCAUUUAGAAGUGAAAUACCACUUCUUGAGAGACUUGGUAAGCAAAGGAAGAAUAGUUUUGUCCUACUGCAGAACUGAGGAGCAAUUGGAAGACAUCUUCACCAAGGCUUUGAAGGUUGAUCGUUUUGAUUUUCUAAAGAAAAUUGGUGUUAUAUCACUCGAUGCUUGUCUUAGGGGGAAAUGUUAG